AUGGGUGGUUCGACGGGUGGCGGGGAGGAACUGGUAGAGGCGGGCGCGGUCACGUUCGGCCUGCAAUACCGUACCGACGUUGGGGCGAUGAACGACGAGGGCAUCUGCAUCCACGUUUAUGGCAACGAAAUCGAGGGAAACGAUAAAGAGUUGUUGCGCUUCGAUUGCUUCCGAAUCAAUCCCCACUAUCACUAUCGCAACAAGCCCAUGGACAGGAAUGAUCGGCUGGAGCUGGACUUUACCGCAGAGGGCGAUCCCCUUUCCUGGACCCUGGACAAGAUUCAGAACCGGCUGCCAAUAAUGCUGAUUCGCUGCCAGGCCGACGAAAUUGCUCGUAGCGUUGACCAGCGGGACGUCGACGCAGCGUUGCCAAAGAUCGUGGCCUGGGCCGAGACUAAGACCCAUAACAGGGGAUAA